GCGGUUACAAGACGCGUGAUAGCGUCAGAGACACAAUAUCGUAAAGUGGCGGGAAAGUUGACGCAGUUUAUAUCGAUAGCCAUUUUAUUUAAAAAAAGGUUCUUUAUAGUGUGAAGAUCUUUUGUUAAUUAUUUUAAAUAGUGAUAUUGGUGUUUUGAUGUGUGUUGUGGUAAAUAAGUGAUGCGCGACAAGGUCAAUUUAGGGGCAAUUUAUAGCGGGUGACAUAAAAUUUAAAAUAGAUUCGAUUCGGUUAAAAAUUGUAAGUGAUUUUAUUUAUUGUGAGUUGUAAUAAAUGAUGAUGGCUGACAUCGAAACCAACGCAGAAAAGGACGUGCCAGAGGAAGAAGGCACAGAGCUUGAACUAGAGGCGCUUUACAGGCGAUAUUGCGUCCGUCUGAAACAUGCACUGUUCGUAUCCGCACUCUGUGUCACACUACUCUGUAGUAUGGUGCUUCUGUUUGCUGCGUGUAUACUACAUUCUCCUACAUUAUCAACACAAGUGACAGCCAUAUCAGUGCUAUCAGUGAUAAUAUUCGUGCUGUUAGCCGUACUGGCGAUGGCGUUAUUACCAGCGGCGGAUGAAUGGGAGGCGUUGGCGUUAUCAGGAUCUAUCUUGGUUACGAUAAGUCUCGGUGCUGGUACACUGAUGGCGACACACCAUGCACCAUUACCGUUAUUUGCACUCAUCUUGAUGGUGCACACAAUGAUGCCCAUAGCCCGGUCCAUUGCACUUAGCCUGGCUGCGGCGCUUACUCUUGCGUAUAUGGGCUUGGCGAUUGGUCUCGGACCAGAGGGUCAAGAAGCACAAUUCUACCAGCAGCUGGCGUGUGAACUGGCUCUCCUAUUGUCAGCGAGUGGCAUUGGUCUCUACUAUCGAGCUCUCACGGAGAGAGCUCAUCGGAAUACAUUUGCUGGUACAAGAACUUGCCUUGAACAGCGCGUGAAACUCGAGUGUGAAAGAGAACAACAAGAGAGGCUACUUCUAUCUGUUAUACCGGCGUACAUCGCUGCAGAGGUUAAGCGUUCCAUCAUGCUCAAAAUGGCGGAUGCUUGCGCAGACAGCUCGAAGCAAACUCGCUUCCAUGAAAUGCACGUUCAACGUCACAAUAACGUCAGCAUCUUGUACGCUGACAUUGUUAACUUCACACCACUGUCUGAACGUUUGAGCGCCUCUGACUUGGUGAAGACUUUGAAUGAAUUAUUCGGAAGAUUCGACCAAAUUGCUCAGGAGAACCAGUGUAUGCGGAUCAAAAUCCUUGGUGAUUGUUAUUACUGUGUCUCUGGACUGCCAGUGUCAAGGCCCAAUCAUGCGUACAACUGUGUCAAUAUGGGAUUACAAAUGAUCGAAGCGAUACGUUUUGUAAGAGAAGCCACUGGCUUCAACGUGGACAUGAGAAUUGGGAUUCACACUGGUAACGUGCUGUGCGGCGUUCUUGGCUUACGGAAGUGGCAGUUUGAUGUAUGGAGCGAUGACGUCACGCUCGCUAAUCACAUGGAAUCUGGUGGUAUCGCUGGACGUGUUCACAUAACGAAAUCGACGAUGCUCCAACUCGGCGGGAAAUUCGAAGUGGAACCAGGCGACGGCGCGUCACGUGAAGGUUAUCUCGCCGACCAUAAAGUUGAAACCUAUCUGAUUGUACCACCGAAGAAAUCAGGGAUAUCUGAAAACGGACGUCUGUCAGUGUGUACCGUCGACCGCAAGGCCAGCAUUGUGUCUUCGAUAUACCAAGACGUAUCCCCUACGAAGCCGAAAGAGAACAUCAGUCCAUGUCCAUCACAGAAUAGCUUUAUCGAACAAGAAUGUCACAAAGUGUCAAGGGUUGAGUCCUUGAGAAAUCCGGGAGACCUAAGCAGAAGAGCAUCGGUUAAAGUAGAUGGACCUAAGACAGUUGCAUUUGAUAACAAUAAUGCCACCAGUCCUGGUGAAGCACUUGGGAAUGGAGCUGUAGUGGCCAAGCCUAAAAGUAGAAGCGGUUCUAUCAUUGGAGCUAUUAGUCCUAUAAUGGGAACAGACUUCGAUACAGAUUCGUCAUCCGUGCCAAGGGAUACUGCCCAACCUUUUUAUCUUCGGAUGCUAAGUACUAUGUCUGUGGAGUCCCUAACGACACCUGGGGUUCCAACAAGAUCUCGUCCGUCUAGCAAGAUGACUAAAUACGUCGAGUGUUGGGGCGCUGAUAAACCAUUUGCGAAUAUCACAGACUCAACUUUGGCUAAAAACAUUGGCAUUUCUAGCUUGGCAAUGAUAGAGCAACAUUUGCUUCCACAAAGAACGUGCUGCGAUUGCAGCAAUAACUCUGAGGGUCUCCGGCGGAUUACAUUGGGCUUUAAGAAUAGAGAACAGGAGAGACAGUACAGGAAUCAGGCUGAUGCGCAGUUUAAGUAUUACGUAGCGUGUGCGGCGGGGCUGUUUAUGUUACUAGCGUGUAUACAAUUGUUGACGGUUGCUAAAAGUAUAAUAAUUUACGCAUCUUUUGGUCCAACGUUGAUCACACUGCUGGUGUUCGUGUACUUAUCAUGGUCAGAUGGUCGCGCUGGACUUUUGCUUUCCGAUGUACCCGAUGAAUUAUAUGUUGACAAUUGUACUAAGCCUGGUCAAGUGGUUGCUAACAGCUGUUACAUCAGACUCACUAUGUUCGUUAUAUCCGUGAUCCUCAUCAGUUUUUGCGCUGUUAUAAAUCUGUUCCAAGCAUAUAUUAUUCAAGAAUUUCCCAUUAAUAGUACAAUUGUAAACUCAACUUGGAAUGGAACUGUUCUGACCGAUUUGCCACUGGAAAUUGAUGUUGACUCUGCUCCUAGCUAUCUCUACAGUUCAGUGCUGACCUUAGCAUCGAUAUCAGUAUUCCUUCGAGUUGGUUUCGUUUUGAAGCUUGUUUUGAUGGUCCUGACAUUAUUAGGGCACAUUACGCUCUUUGCGUCAGCGGAACUGUUUAGUCAGUACCAAAAACAGGACAUAAAUACUGAGUUUUCAAUGCUUCCAUACUCUGCUAAAGCUGGCCUCGUUUUAGUGUUCCUAGCCGCAUUGCUACAUAUCCUAGAUAGGCAGAUUGAGUUUACAUCCAGAACUGAUUUCCUUUGGAAGGACAAGUUGAAGUUCGAACAGGAAGAAGUGGAAACGAUGAGAGGAAUCAAUAAGAUUCUGCUAGAAAAUAUCCUCCCGGCUCACGUGGCGCAACAUUUCUUAACAUCCGUAGCAUCCAAGGAAGAGUUGUAUCACGAAAGGUACUCCAGUAUUGCGGUAAUGUUCGCGUCCAUUCCAAACUACAAGGAGUUCUACGAUGAGACGGAUGUUAACAAGCAGGGCCUCGAGUGCUUGAGACUGUUGAACGAGAUUAUUUGCGACUUUGAUAAGUUACUUCUAAAGCCAAAGUUCAGUUGUAUUGAGAAAAUUAAGACGAUCGGAAGCACUUACAUGAUCGCUUCAGGAUUGAGACCCGGGAAGGAAGAACAAAUUGAUGGCAAAGAGGAACACACCGUGGCCGUUCUUGUGGAGUUCGCGAUCGCUCUGAUGACAAUUCUUGAUCAGAUCAACAGGGAAUCCUUCCAGAGGUUCAAAUUAAGGAUAGGUUUAAGCCACGGUCCAGUGAUAGCGGGCGUGGUGGGCGCCCAGAAGCCGCAGUACGACAUCUGGGGGAAUACCGUCAACGUCGCCUCGCGUAUGGACUCCACGGGACUCAUGGGCCGAAUACAUGUCACGGAAGACACGGCUAAAGUUCUCAUGAAAGCUGGCUACACCUGCGAAUGUCGAGGACCGACUUACGUAAAAGGUAAAGGGACAUUAGUGACGUAUUUUGUGAAAACUCCUAAUAUAGGGGGCGGACAAUGAACAGAAUUAUAGUAAUUUCUCGUUAGUAUAAUCAAUGAAAUGACUUCUUCGUAUUAUUAGUGUUAUAUUUACAUAUAAAUGCUUUAAAUUAUAAA